AUGAGUCGCAUUCGGAACACUCUCAAAGAGGAACUAAUUCCAAAAAUUUGCUCAUCGCUAGAGGAUACUAGUCGGAGAGUGGUAAGGGAAGAGUUGGAGCAUGCAAGUUCUCAAUCUGCUCAACUUGUAAGAUCUUCUGGAAAAUGUCGAAAGAAGGAUGAAGUGAGAAACUUGCAGCUUCAAUUCAAAACCAGGCUCUCCCUCCCUCUCUUUACUGGGCAGAAACUAGAAGGAGAGCACGGCGCGCCCAUUGUUGUCAUAUUAAUCAAUGCAAAUACAGGCGAUAUUGUUGAAUCAGGUCCAGAGUCCUCUGUUAAGUUGGAUGUUGUUGUGAUUGAUGGUGAUUUUAAGAAAGAGGAUGAUGAUUACUGGACCAAGGAAGAAUUUGAGAAAUAUGUAGUGAAGGAGCGGGAAGGGAAGAGGCCUCUGCUUACUGGAAACCUUGAAGUGAUUCUAAAGGGAGGCACUGGGGUGCUGGGUGAGUUAGCGUUCACUGACAAUUCAAGCUGGAAUCGGAGCAAGAAGUUCAGGCUAGGAUUACGGGUGUCGCCUGGAUAUUGUGAGAAUAUUCGCAUUUGCGAAGCAAAAACAGAGGCGUUCACUGUGAAGGAGCAUAGAGGAGAGUCAUACAAGAAACACUAUCCACCAGCAUCUGACGAUGAGGUCUGGAGAUUGGCAAAUAUUGCAAAGGAUGGAUCAUCUCACAAGAGGCUGAAUGAAGCAGGAAUAUACAAGGUGGAAGAGUUUUUACGACAACUCUCCAUGGACUCCAAGAAACUGAGAAAUAUUCUCGGAAAGGGCAUGACUGACAAGAAGUGGAAAGUCCUCCUAGAUCAUGCAAAAACUUGCACUCUGAAUGGGAAACUUUACGUGUACUAUCACGAUAAUGAAAGUGAUCAUGCUGUUAUACUCAACAAUGUUGGUCAACUCAGUGGCCUUGCUGUGAACGGGGUGUUUUGUACUAUUGACAGAUUUUCUCCCCAGCAGAAGGACUAUGCAGAUAGAUUGGCGAAAAAGGCCUAUGAGAAUUGGAAUGAUGUUAGACAGUUUGAUGCUGAGGCUUCUUCAAGUUCCAUGUCGGAGAAGAUCUCAUGUUCUUUCCUAUCUGAAGUUCUAGGAGAUCAGCAAUGCUGCCAUCCAGUGCACGACAAUAUGCCUCCGCCGAGAUUGGCCAGUCAAGUUGGUUUGAAAGUACCUCCAAGAAGUUCAGCAUCCACAGUGGAAGAAAAUAGUGGCAUCACUGCUGCUCGAUUGCCAACACAGUCACAAGGUCUCAAUUCCCAAAAUGGCCCUUCGAACCAAUUUAUUGACUGUAUCGACCAAAUAGAGCCUUCAGCAGAUAAAAAUGUACCUCCAUUCGGCCAAGCGUAUGAGUCACCUUCGAGCUUCCUAGCUUUCGAUAUUGAGGAUAAUGGGAUUGAUUGGCAACUAUGAGGUGAAUGAGGGCUUGAAUCAUGUGGCUAUCGACCAAGCACUGCUUGCUCACGGCAAACUUUUUGGAUUUGACAUUCAGGGCAUUGGCC